CCGUUUCGGCGGGAAAACCUGCUCCUUAUCGCCGCGUCCGGCGGUGACCAGCCGUUUAUCGAGGACCACCCCGAGAAACCGUUCCUCCGAAACGGUUCUUUGCGACACACGGCUGAGCGCGAGUGCGCCGCAGGAUAGCUGAAAUCCGGAAUCUAAUUUUCAGGGAUCAUUUCCCUCGCUUCUGUAUAGGGUCGCAAAAGUAGAUCCUCAUGGCGGCCUCGCGAUCAUCGUUAGUGUCGCACAUUGUCGUCCGAUCGCCUAUGAUCGCAACGCCAGCGACGUCUUGUCGUUUUCCGACUCCGUCCACGAUGAAGCUGAACAGUUCACGUCCUUGUAGACACUUGCUUAUAUCGAGUUCAACAGCUGCUGGAUCUCCUCCAGUCGCUGCUGUAGCGCGUACAACCCCCUGCAAUGUCGGAUCGAGCCGUUCAACCUUCGUCACAAGCACUCCGCGUUCAGUCACUCGCCAGAGGCAGUUCACUCUACCAGCCCUGCAUAAACGUCAAUCCCAGAAACUCCCUCGCUUCAGGCUCGCCGCACGUGCCGAUGCAGGCUCGGGCUCAGGCUCGGCAGAUUCAAGUUCAGCAGCAGGAGCCGAGCCAGUUCUAGGUUCGGGAGCCGCCGAGGCGAAGGGAAAGGCUGGGGUGGAGGACGAUAAGCAGAUGGCGUUUUUCGAGGCCAUAAGAAAACGUCAAACAGAAAUCUUCAAUCAGGACGAGGAAGUUGUGAGGCAGCUUCGGAUCCAAGCUGAGCGGGACGAGGUGGCUCGGAUUGGUUGGAAGCGGACGGCGAAGAAGCUUCUGGGAAGGCUCCGGGGCAGCCAGUGGGACCCGCUGCCCGGUGCUGACGUGGACUUUGCGGAUUUCUGGGCGCUGCUGCAGAUGGGGCGAGUGAAGUUUGUCAAUUACGGCGAUAAUGGCCGGCUCAUAGAAGUGAUUCUCCCCCACCCCGCCAAGGACCUGGGGUUGGAGGUGAAGCGGGGAGACGGGGGGAGAAUGAAGGGAAAGCAGGCGGGGCAACAAGCAGCGCUGGAGGGAGCAGAAGAGGCGGCUGGGGAGGCGGCUACGGAGGCAGAAGCCGUUGGGCUCAUGGGCCUACCAGAGCAGGUCGUGUGGCUCAAGCAUAAAGUCCGUCACAUGCCAGCAGACGUGCAUUCCGAGGUCUGGUCCCUACUGCGCCAGCAGCUCGCCCACAUCACGCUCAUCAACCGCCCCUCCGCCUUCCCCCCCGCCCCUUUCACCACACUCACCACCUCCACCGCCCCUGCCACCACCGCCCUCCCCUCCCCUCCCGCCUCCCUCCUCCCGUCCCUCCUCCCGGCGUCCUCAUCCGGCCUCCUGGGAAGCACGCUAGGGACGGUGCAGCUCGCAGCAACGUGGGGGUUGCGGCUGGCGCUGGCGUGUGGGCUGUAUGUGUGGGUGGAUCGGGUGCUGUUUCCGCUGUACCAGCCGACGAAGCUGGAGGACAGGCCAAGGAGCAGCCACAGGAAGCUGACGGCGGUGCUGAACCCCGACCUGGGCACCAUGGGGCAGAGCAGAGCCCGCUAUAUUUCUGCAGAGGAACGGACGGGAAUCACAUUUGACGAUUUCGCCGGGCAGGACUACGUCAAGCGAGAGCUGCAGGAGGUGGUGCGGAUUCUGCGGGCAGCGAAAGAAUUCGAGGACCUGGGCGUGUACUGCCCGAAAGGAGUGCUUCUUUUUGGGCCACCCGGAACGGGGAAGACGCUUCUGGCGAAAGCUAUUGCUGGGGAGGCUGGGGUUCCGUUCUUCUCGGUUUCUGGUGCUGAGUUUGUUGAGAUGUUUGCAGGCGUGGCGGCCUCACGAGUCAAAGACCUCUUCUUCCGCGCUCGCCAGUUCGCCCCGGCCAUCAUCUUCAUCGACGAGAUCGAUGCGAUCGGGUCCAAGAGAGGCACGGCCAGCGACCAGGGGGGGGGCAACAUCGAGCGCGAGCAGGGGCUCAUUCAGAUCCUCACAGAGCUGGACGGAUUUCAAGAGAACCAAGCCAAGGUGCUGGUGAUCGGAGCCACCAACCGGCUGGACAUGCUGGACCCGGCUCUGCUGCGCAAGGGCCGGUUCGACAAGGUCGUCAGAGUGGGGCUGCCUACAGAGGAGGGGCGGUUCUCAGUGCUCAAGGUGCACGCGCGCAACAAGGCCUUCAAGUCCGAAGAGGAGAAGCUGAAGCUCUUAAGGGAGAUAGCAGCAGCUACACCCGACUACAGUGGAGCAGAGCUUAUGAAUAUCCUCAACGAGGCAGCCAUUCUAGCCAUCCGGAAGGACAAGGACGACAUCGAGAGGGAGGAGCUGCUGCAGGCCAUCGACCGGCAAGCCGGGGAGUUCAAAACAGGCGAGGAGGACGUGCUAGAUAGCAGGGAGGUGCGCAUGCGGGCAGCUUACCGUGAGGCUGCCAUCGCGGUGCUCGAGUGCGCCCUGCCGGAUUCUUCAGGCCCAAUUCUGAGGACCUCUCUUGACAACGUGGACCCGCUACCCAACAUGGAGCACGAGAGAGUGCGCCACCGCUGCUUUGCUGUAAAGCAGGACAUGCUGGACGCGAUUGUGCGCGCCUUUGCACCCGCCAUUAUGGAGAGGAUGGUGUUUGGAGCGGCGAAUGCCAGCUGGCAGGCGGGGGUGGCUUACAGAGAGGCGGUUCAGCUGGCGGACUAUGUGAUUCUAAGGAGCGGGAUGAGCGCGCUGGGGAAGGUGGUGUAUGAGACGCAGAAGGACCUGAUGCCGCAUCUAAUUCCCAAGGUCAUUGCGCUAAGGGAGGAGUACAUGCGAUACUCGAGGGCCAAAUGCGAGGCUGUUCUUAAAGAGUACAGAUCGGCUGUGGAUACCAUUGCAGAGCGCCUAUUGGACGAGGGCGAGGUGACAGGAGAUGCUAUCCACAAGAUCUUUGCUGCUGCUCCUAGAUUCGAUCAGCCCCCAGUGCGCGCUAUAGAUGAAUACGGAGCCCUCGUGCACGUGGGCAGGUGGGGCAUCUACGGUGCCUCCCUCCCCGGCAGAGCCACCUUCCACCCCGGCAACUCGGGCUAUGCCACCUUUGGAGCGCCGCGGCCGCAGCAGGUGCAGGCGGUGAGCGACGAGACGUGGCGCGUGGUGGAGGGCAUGUGGCGGGAGAGGAUUGCGGAACUGAAGCAGAUGGACGAAGAAGAUGAGGAGGAGAGCGAGCAGCAGCUGUUUAUCCCGGAUCUGGUGCUCUAGAUGGGUGAAGUUGGUAGGGGGUGAGGCGUGGUCGAGGGGAUGUGGCGGAAGAGGAUUGCCGAGCUGUGGCAGAUGGAUGAAGAGGACGAGGAGGAGAGCGAGCAGCAGCUGUUUAUCCCGGAACUGGUGCUAUAUGAGGAGAGUGCUGUUGAACGUGGCGCGUGGUGGAGGGGAUCUGGCGGCAGAGGAUUGCGAGCUGAGGCGAGGAGGACGAGGAGGAGAGCGAGCAGCAGCUGUUCAUCCCGGAUCUGGUGCUCUAGAAGGGUGCAGUUGGUAGGGGGUGAGGCGUGGUGGAGGGGAUGGGGUGGGGGCGGCUGCAGAGCUGCGGCAGUUGGACGAAGAGGAUGAGGAGGACAACGAAGAGAGCCAGCAGCAGCUGCUUACCCGUGAUUUAGUGCUCUAGAAGGGUGCGGUUGGUAGGGGGUGAGGCGUGGUGGAGGGGAUGUGGAGGGAGCGGAUUGCGGAGUUGAAGCAGAUGGACGAAGAGGACGAGGAGGAGAGCGAGCAGCAGCUGUUUAUCCUGGAUCUGGUGCUCUAGAUGGGGUGUGUAGUUGUGUGUUCUGCAGGGGAUAAGUGCGUGCUGGACAGUGUUAGGUGUGACGAGACGUGGCGCGUGGUGGAGGGCAUGUGGAAGGCGAGGAUUGCCGAGCUGAGGCAGAUGGACGAGGAGGACGAGGAGAGCGAGCAGCAGCUGCUGCUGCUGGAUCUUGUGUUGUAGAGCAUCUGCUUAACCUUGAGAUGUUUCCUAUUGCAUGGCAGACAGCAGUGUUGAUUCGGUUCGUGAGUCUACUCAAAA